AUGGGGGCUCGGAUCAGUGGCGCUUCUCCCCUCUCCUCACGCACGAAGAGGCCUGGGCUACUCUGUACAGAGCGCAUGGAGGGCUCCGCCACCAGUUGCGCACUCCUGCGAGCGAUUGCUCCCGUCCGUUCGAAUGUUUCCUGCGCCGUGAUUGGCACCACACCAAUGUCUCGCGUCAAAGCUGUCACCGAAGAACAGACAAAUACUUCGAUGUAAAUGCGUGCGAUUAUUAUUACAUAACGCCUGCCGCUGCGGUACUCUCCCAUACGGUAUUCCGGGGAGUGAAUUUGGCAAUUUUCCUCUCCAGAGCAAUCCUCGUGUCUUGGGAGCUCGAGACCUCGAACGGUGCAUGCAUCUUCAAAGAAAGCGGUGAAGAGAUCGUUGACAACCGAUGCGGGGUAGGUAGCUGCUUGUGAAUCAUUAGCUCCUUGACUUCCCUGAAACACGGUGUUGGGAAUGUCGCUCUGGCCUUGGGGAGGGACGACUCCCGCCCUGAUUGACUCGGAGCUGACGCUCACCGAUUGAGAGCAUUCGUCAGCCGAUGGACAGUCACACCAUUUCAAUUUCCCUAUCUAUCGGCAAUUGCCGUGUGCUUCUUUGGCGUUCUGCCUCUACCCGUGUUCAAUAAUUGGUUUGGAAUCUUGGGCUCAACGCGGUGCUAUCCAGUCAGAAGAUAUCGCAAUGCUUUUCCUACGAUCUAUCUUUAUCUAUCGUUUUAGAUUUUUUCAGGAUAUAUGCAUGAUAUCUUGGGCACCUUUUGUUUUAGAGCCGCUUUGCAAUGGGCUUCAUGUUCACCUUACAAUGGCAACGCAUUCUCUCCCCGUGCACUGAGAGGCCCUGCCGGACCGGAGUACAGCCCCUUGUUUGUAAUAAUUUUAAGAAAGCUGCCAGUGUGUCGACUCCAGUACCUUUAAUGAGAGCUACAAUCAUUGGUCCGACUAUCCAUCUUAGGACCACCCAUAAAACGAAAAAAAUAAAAAUAAAAAUAAAAAUAGAAAUAAAAUAAAAAAAUAAAGAAAAGAAAAGAGAAAAGGGCGGCCCUUGAACUAUCCAAGCUGUACGGUUCAAACUUACCCUGAAGCGGCUGGUCUUCGUUUGGCGUUAUCCAAAUCAGGGCUUUGCCGCCCCGAUGAUGGCGGCGAUUCCAAACGGUUUUGCCCAUUAUUUCCAGUGGCAAUCCCAUUGGAGCGAAACUUGCGUCCGGGGGUUGUCCGGCAAACGUACUCCACACUGCCAGGAAGAACUUUGGUAUCGACUCAUCUGAUCCAUAAUGCUUGUCGAAAAAGAAGUCCAAGUACUUGGUUACUGGUGCUCUUACCUUCAUUGGAGCUUAUGCAUUAGGACAAGAUGCCUGGGCGGAUAUGUAUUCUGCACGAAAUCUUGCAUUGGCCAUUAU